CAGUUUUGGCGGGAGUUUUUUUUCUGUUUUUUUUUAUGAUGACGUGUAAUGUUUGUUUUUAAAUUGUUUUUGGAUUAACGUAUUGUGUGCACUGUGCAGUGAAUUUGCAGUUUAAUUUUUAAUUUGGAGAAAGGAGGUCAGGAGGAGCGCGAUGACGACGGACAGUGCGCUCAAUUCUCAACGGGUGUUCAAAAAAUCGUCGCCAAACAACAAGUUAACCCUCUACCUGGCGUCCAGAGACCUGAUAGUGGAGAACGGAGCCAUAGACAAAAUACAGGGUGUGCUGCACGUAGACCCCGAAGACCUGGUGAACAAGAAGCUCUAUGGACAAGUUACUUUGACAUUCAGGUAUGGCAGAGAAGAUGAAGAAGUUAUGGGCCUCAAGUUCUGCAACGAAGCCAUCAUGAGCCUGGCACAAAUAUGGCCUCUACACUGCAACCACGAAAGGGAACCUAACACACCCUUACAGGAUGCUCUAAUAAAGAGGUUAGGAGCCAACACAUUCCCGUUCCACCUGGAGCUCACACCACUGGCGCCUCCCAGCGUGCAGCUGGUGCCAGCCAAGCAAUACCACGGCGCGCCCAUCGGGACUUCUUAUGAUGUUCGGGCUUUCAUUGCAGAAAGAGCAGAUGAGAAGGUGUCUCGGCGUAACACAGUCAGGAUGGGCAUCCGGGUCCUGCAGGGCCCAGGUCGGCCGGCGGCGACGCUCCCUCUGACGCAUUCGCCACACCACACGCUAAGUGCGCUGGCGCACCACAACGUUCUCAGGCUCAAAAACAAAUCGAAAUUGGAAACUGAUGAGAAUUGUCGAACGAAAAGCGCUGAAAUUGAAAACGUCGAGCCGGCGCCUCCUAGGGCAGCAGUGGAAAAGCCCUUUCUGCUCUCCGAUGGAAGGGUGGAGUUGGAAGCGUGGCUGGACAAGGCGACGUACUCGCACGGGGAAUCGAUCGGCGUUAGCGUGGUGGUGGCCAACAACUCGUCCAAAACGGUGCGACGCAUUAAG